AUGGCGUCCUUGAGCUUCGCGCCCCAGCCGCUCACCUGCCGGGCGAGAUCGGUACAGAGUCGGCGGCGCGGGGUCGGUUUCUGCAACUUCAAGCUCGUGGCCGGCGGCGGCGGUGAGAAUGGAAGCGCGGCAGCGGAGCCGGAUCUGAGCGUGACGGUGAACGGAUUGAAGAUGCCUAAUCCGUUCGUGAUCGGGUCUGGUCCCCCCGGGACCAACUACACUGUGAUGAAGCGUGCGUUUGAUGAAGGCUGGGGUGCUGUGAUUGCCAAGACUGUGUCGCUGGAUGCAGCUAAGGUAAUUAAUGUAACUCCUCGGUAUGCCAAGUUACGGGCUGGAGCAAAUGGCUCAGCCAAAGGACAGAUAAUCGGCUGGGAGAACAUAGAGCUUAUAAGUGACAGACCCCUCGAGAUAAUGCUGCAAGAGUUUAAGCAAUUGAAGGAGGAAUAUCCAGAUAGGAUUCUGAUUGCUUCUAUCAUGGAGGAGUACAGCAAAUCUGGUUGGGAGGAACUCAUAGAUCGUGUAGAGCAAACUGGAAUUGAUGCUCUUGAAAUCAAUUUCUCUUGUCCUCAUGGUAUGCCUGAGCGUAAAAUGGGCGCAGCAGUCGGACAGGACUGUGCACUAUUGGAAGAAGUUUGUGGAUGGAUAAAUGCAAAAGCUACUGUUCCUGUUUGGGCUAAGAUGACUCCUAAUAUCACUGACAUUACACAGCCAGCUAGGGUGGCCCUAAAAUCUGGAUGUGAGGGUAUAGCAGCCAUUAACACCAUCAUGAGUGUAAUGGGAAUCAAUUUGAAAACCUUGCGUCCAGAGCCCUGUGUAGAGGGAUAUUCAACUCCAGGUGGUUACUCUUCCAAAGCAGUGCACCCAAUUGCACUCGGAAAAGUAAUGAAUAUCGCCAAAAUGAUGAAGGCUGAAUUUAACGACGAGCAGUACUCACUCUCUGGCAUUGGAGGUGUCGAGACAGGUGGUGAUGCAGCCGAGUUUAUUCUCCUUGGAGCAAGCACAGUUCAGGUGUGCACGGGAGUAAUGAUGCACGGGUAUCCCAUGGUGAAGAGACUGUGCGAGGAGCUCAAGGACUUCAUGAGAACGCACGACUUCUCGUCCAUCGAAGAUUUCAGAGGGGCAUCUCUGGAUUACUUCACAACUCACACCGAUUUAGUACGGCGGCAGCAAGAGGCCAUUCAACAGAGGAAGGCUGUGAGGAAAGGUUUGAAAUCUGAUAAAGAAUGGACCGGAGACGGGUUUGUAGAAGAGACUGAGAGCAUGGUUUCCAAUUGA